GCCAUGUCAGACACACCUUUGCAGAGGAACGGCACAGCAACGAUGUCGUGUGAGGAGGCUCAGCUCCACAAAGAGAGGCUGCAGGCCUUGGCGGAGAAGAGAAAAUGGCAAGCCGAGAUCGAAGACCGAAGAAGCCAGCUCGAUGACCUGGUGCUACAACUACAGCAUCUCAAGUCCAAAGCCACGCGCGAGCGAUGGCUCCUCCAGGGAAUCGGAGUGGAGGAAGAGGAGGUGCGGCGGAAACAGCUGGAGCAGGAUGAAGAGCAAGGGAAGAGGCUGGAAGACAUAAUGCACAGGCUGGAGUUUGAAAUCGUCACUCUGGAGAACGAGGAGUCUCUAAUAUCCGCCAAAGAGCAGGUUCUACGGGAGCGCCUGAAAGAGACGGAGCUCUCGAUAGAAGACCUGCAGAAGAGUCUGAUGACCUGCGAUGGAGAUGCCACCGGCUGCAUGUCGGCCCCGCUCUCAGACUGCACGGACCCCGACCACGUCAUCCUGGCCACGCAGCCCAGGACCGGCCCACCUGCCAUAGCAAGACCUGCGUUGUUUGCCAUGGAGAUCAACGUGCAGCAUGACCCGCAGACCGGCGAGCAGCGCGUCCUGUCAGCCAACCGCGUGAGCCCGCUGGAUGCGGCGUCGCGCGGCGUCAAAGUCUUCGACGACGGCCGGAAAGUGGUCUACGAGGUCACUUCCUCUGGGGGCAUGUCCACCAGCAGCAUGGAGAAUGGUUGGAGCUCCGCGCAGGUCGAGCAGCUGAUCCAGCGAGCUGCCAGACCUGCCGGUCAAGCAGGAGAUGGCGGCAAGGGUCAGGUGACGGUGACCCCGGCUGCCCCGCAGUACGUCUGCGGCGCGGAUGAUGAUCUGUCUCCGCCCUCCUGCUCCCCGCCGUCCGUUCCUUCAAGCCCACCAGCCCAAGUCGCCCUCCAGAGGGAGACCCAGAUUGGCAUGAUGCGCCCCUCUCCUCCCGUCACAACCCAGCCCGGCUCCUCCAUCCAGCCGGGCAGCGAGUUCAACUCCCCGACGGAGGCCAGCGAGGAGCACCCGAUCACCAUGGUGUUCCUCGGCUACCAGGACAUUGACGACAUGAGCGAGAGCAGGCGGCUGCUCGGGUUCGACGGCGCCGUGAAGGCCGAGGUGGUCCUGAUCGACGAAGACGACGAGAAAUCGCUGAGGGAGAAGACGGUCACUGACGUCUCCAUCGCCGACGGCACGGCGGCCGACCUCGUGUCGGGGCGGCCGGCCACGUCCGAGGCCGCCAGCACGGAACUGUCAUCCGACGGCCGCGAGCCUGACAGCACCUCCUCGCUCCCCGCCAAUCCCGUCGUCAACACGGCCCCCCCGCCCGGCCUCACCCCCGCCACAGGUUACGGCAAAACCGGGGUUACCGUGACAACAGCGAAUGGGUACCAAGCUCCCAUUCCGACCAGGCAUCCUCACACCGCCAUGCAGAAAUUGUGGCGGGCAGCCGAGGAUGUCAGUGACGCGACACCAAGAGACCGGGCCUUGAAGAGCGUCAGUUUCCAGGAAUCGGUCAGCGUGAUCACUGACAGGCCUGAAAACAUGGAACUGGAGAGCCAGCAGAUCCAACAUGGCUGCCUGAGCAGCCCCAGCAGCCGAGCUCACGAUGCAGUCGGUGUGAACGUCGAGACUCCCGACAGCGAGGUGGCGCAGGAGAUCCGCUACUUGGACCAGGUUUUAGACGCCGCCUCAGAAACCCCCACCAACGGGAACUCCUCUCCAUCAGAACACGCCAAGCCGAUCAGCAUCGAUGGGAACUCUCCUUCCGUCUGCACCUCCUCUCCCGUCGAUCACCAAUCGAUUGUCGUAGAGGGGCUGAGACAAACCACGUUCGCCCACCACGAGGACGCCGCCUUGAAGACUAACGGCCAUGUGCAGGGGGAGGAGUCGGGGAGCGGCAGGGCCAAGUUUGAGCUGAGAGCGUUUCAGGAGGAGAAGCGGCCGGCGAAACUCUUCACCCCCGGAGAGGAGCAGCAUGUCAGGGUGACGAGGAGGCGACCCUCAGGGGAGGUUCAGGAGCUGGAGCGCGAGCGCCAGGAGCUGAUCAAAGACCAGGCGGUGAAGAAGAACCCCGGGAUCGCCAAACGCUGGUGGAACCCUCCUGAGGAGGUUCCUUUGGAGAAACAGCUGGAGGCAGAUCAGCUCGAGUCUCUCAAGAAAUACCAAGAGAGGAAACAGCAGAAACAGAAUCACACUUACACAUACACACAGCCCCAGAUUUCAGGCCCUCCCACAAUGGUGACCUUUGACCCAGAGAUAAACAGGAAGGAGGAGAUUCUGGAGGAGCAGAUCAACUUCUCGUCUGCCAGAAAUCAGUUUCUGCUCGGCGAUGCGACCAAGAGGGACGUGGCUCCUCACAUGUAUUCUGCCAAGCCCUUCUCAAAAUCCAUAACCAGGAGCAGCCAGGGGAGCGGCGACAUCAUGGCGGAAACCGGGGAGACCUGGUCUGAUGAAGGAAUCGCAGCCGAAUUCACCUGCGCACGAGCCGUCAUGACAAUCCUGCCUGAUGAGGAGAGGAAGAGCCCUUUCUACCCAGGCUCUCACCCAGAGGAGUCUGACUCGGGGUUAGACGAGUUGUCCGUCCGCUCUCAGGACACCACUCUGUUCAGCCUGGAUAAUAUUUCCGACAGCGGGGCUUCGCUGCCGCCCACGCCGCUGCCGCUCACCCCGGUGUCUCCGCCCACCCCGCAGCCCACCACGCCGGUGAACGGGCAGACCAGCGGCGGUCCGACAGAAGACGAUCUGGAGUUCCACGCGGGGGUCCUCGUCCAAAAUGCCAUCCAAAAUGCCCUGGCGGCCGAGGACGGAGACGAGUGGCAGCCGUCCGAGUCGAAUUCCUCACAUCUGAGCGCCCCCGUGUCUCCGUCCUCGACUUCAACGAGUAGCCCUGUGCCCGUUUCUUCCUCCCCCGUGUCUUCUGGCGGAGCUCCCGGUCUCCAGUCACCGGUGUCCUCCAGUCCGGCUCCGUCCAACGUGUCCCCUCCGCCGGACAGACGGCCGGGAGUCUUGUCCCAAGAGAAGCCUCCAGAAUCGCAACACGCUCUGCCGCAGCAGCCCUCCAGUCCAGCCCGGGGGACACAGCUGCAGACGCCUUCUCCGCCUCCUUCUCAGCCUCCUUCUCAGCCCGUCUCGCCACCACAGAGGCCCAAAAGCGGAGGCCCCAGGAUCAAAAUACAGUCCUCUUACGCCAGAGCGCUGGCGUCCUCGGCCCCGUCUCCGGCUCCCGCCUCCUCCGCGGCCGCUCCGGUUGCCAGGCCGACCCCGGUCUACCGUCCUCCUUCUCCCCCGAGCCCGGAGAAACCCGAGUUCAGCUACUUCAGUAAAUACUCGGAGGCCGCCGAGCUGCGCAGCACGGCGGCGCGGGGCCCCGAGGCGGACGCGGCCAGCGGGCCCUUCCGCCUGCGCUCCAACAAGCAGCGAACUUUGUCCAUGAUCGAAGAGGAGAUCCGAGCCGCGCAGCAGAGGGAGGAGGAGCUGAAGAAACAGAGGAAGGAGAAGCCGGUCGUCGUCGUCCGCCCCAGCAACUCUUGCGGCGACCGCCUCGGGCCCGCGAGGUCGGGGGGGCGGCAAACCAAGAUCUCCCCGGCAGAUAAGAUGAAGAGCAACAGCCUGCCGGCGAGACUCACACUGACGGCGAGGACGGCGCCAGGAAAGAUCGAGAAGGUUCGACCGGCGCCGCCCGUCUCGCCCUCGCCCUCGGAUGGAGCCCUGUCUGACGCCGGCAGCGAGGACUCCGGAGGGCGACCCAAGAACUUCAUGCAGACGCUCAUGGAAGACUACGAAACACACAAAGUGAAGAGGAAGGAGCAACUCGAGGACAACAGUUAUGCCCGUCUGUUGCUGGUUAACGAAGUAACCACUGAGGUUCUGGAGGCCACCCGCGUCACCAGGAGGAAAAGCGACAUGGCACGGAAGUGGGAAGCCGGUAUCUACGCCAACGAGGGAGAAGAUGAGGGGGAGGAGGAGGAGGAAGAGGAGGAGGAAGAAGAGGAGGAGGAGUAAACGGCUCCUCUCAGAGACAGUUGGGGGACUGAGUGGAAAGGUGGAGGAAGAAGAGGAUGAUGAGACUUAAGGAAAAAUGCAGCGCAGAGAGGGAAAGGAAACAGUAUUUAUUUGACUCACCGUAUUCUGGUUGAUCACAUGACCCGCUGGCUCCACCAAUGGGACUGAUGCACCGAGUUGUGGUUCUUUUGGGACCUGAGGAUUUGAAGGCCAACCGUAUGUUAGAUGACCGAGCAGGUGAGAGACAUUUGAGGUGUUGUGGUGGGUUUGGAGAAGAAUUUAAAGAAGGUCAAUGGUGAAAGAGACACUUUGAAAGGGUUAAGGAGCGCUCGUCAGAGGCGUGUUUUGGUAUUACAAGUUGUUACUAGUUGGUAGACACUGAAUGACUUCAAUAUUCAUAGGAUUUCAAUUCAACCUGUAAUUGUCUUUAUUUAAAUAUGAUCGUAUUUUGGUUGUCCGAGACUUGUCGAUGAUGGUUUUGACAAUGGGUGCUCGAUAUAUAUAACCCCCAAUCAUCUUCAAAAUGUGUGGAGAGACGAGCAAGCGUGUGCAUUGUGACCUUCAAGAAACGCAAAAGGCCUAAUUCCUGUAAUCUCUGAAUAAUUUGAUGACGCUGCAGUGAGAGGCCUCUGAACCAAGUGGGACCUGAAGCAUCACCUUCAGAGCCCGAGAAGGUUUAUCCUCUGCAGAUUGAACACACACACACACACACACACACGCGUGACACGUGUUGGUGGGAUCUUUGGCAAACCUUUUCAGCAUCUGUAUUUAAUCUUAAGUGCCGACCCGAACGGUCCCUGAACUGUUGAAUGCCGGCGAGAAACGUUUGAAAAACUAGCGCCACGGUUCAACUCCGCCUCAGACUGUCAGCAGACUGUUGGAAUGUGUGUGAUGCGUUUGAUCUUCUCUUGUUGCGCCUUGUUUCAGUCCAAAUACACAGCCACGUUAGAGCGACCAUCCGUCGGGGCUUUUAUAUUCUACAAAAUCACUUAUUUGACAUCCGCUCGCUGCGUCGCCCUGUGUUUAAGAUGUGAGCCGUCGUUUUGUGUAUUAUACUGAGGUGUGUGUGUGCAUUUGAUAUAUUAACAUGUGUGUUGGGAUUCCAGUCGGGCAACAGCCGUCAUAUCGACUACACCUUUCUAGCUGAGGAUAAAAUUUGAUGAAAAUGAUUGAAAAGAAGCUUUUAUAUACACAUAUAUAUAUAUAUAUACACUACCGUUCAAAAGUUUGGGGUCACCCAGACAAUUUUGUGUCUUCCAUGAAAACUCACACUUUUAUUUAUCAAAUGAAUUGAACAUUUCAUAGAACAUAUAGUCAAGACAUUGACAAGGUUAGAAAUAAUGAUUAAUAUUUGAAGUAUUAAUUUUGUACUUCAAUCUCAAAGGAAGGCCAGUUGUAUAGCUUAUAUCACCAGCAUAACUGUUUUCAGCUGUGCUAGCAUAAUUGCACGGGUUUUCUAAUCAGACAUUAGUCUUCUAAGGCGAUUAGCAAACACAAUGUACCAUUAGAACACUGGAGUGAUCGUUGCUGUAAAAGGGCCUCUAUACACCUAUGGAGAUAUUUCAUUAGAAACCAGACGUUUUCACCUAGAAUAGUCAUUUACCACAUUAACAAUGUAUAGUGUGUAUAUUUUAUUAAUUUAAUGUUAUCUUUAUUGAAAAAACUGCUUUUCUUUGAAAAAUAAAGACAUUUCUAAGUGACCCCAAACUUUUCAACGGUAGUGUAUAUAUAUAUAUAUAUAUAUAUAGAUAAUGUUGUUAUACCAAAACCCAACGGCGUUACUUCGAGAGCCGUCAGCUUCUGCUUUUAAAAUAUAUUUAACGCAUGCUAGUUGUGCGCCUGACACGACACUCCUUUUCCUGGAAAACAAGCGCACACAGACAAGCAGCGAGAAGGUGACGACGUAACGGGGGGGGGGGGGGGGGGCUUGUUGACCGAAGCCUCGGGAGAUUUGUUUUUGUCAGGAUGAUGGUGAGAACGAUUACCCCCCCCCCCCCCCGUUACCGCCCCGUUAGCGUGUCCUCUUCAAGUGCCCUUCACCCAGGAAAUGACCGUACACACACACACUUAGAUGAAAUCUAUAGAAUUAAACCUGAGGUCAACUUGCAGAUAAAAGAGUGCGGGACACAUGCUGACCCCUCGGCAAUAAGGACUCUACUAUAUUUAUUGCGACAGUCCCAUCCCGAGUGCAACUUAUCUGAUUUCUAUUUAAUUAUCUAUUUUAAUAUGUUCUUUGAGGAAACCUCGUGCCGGCAGCCACCAACCAGAGGAAGUGUGGGACGUGUCCACCCCCCCCCUCCCCCCCCCCCCCCGAAACAAAAUAAACUGGUACUUAAAAGGACUACUGUCCCAUUGAGAGAGACGGAGGUGUUAUUGUGGCGCAGCAGGUAGUGUGUGUGUGAGAUGAGAAUCUGUUUACCACACGGGUUGAAGGACAAACACAAAGCGCCACCGUGUGAGAGGGGUUCCCUUCCAGAGGAGCUUGAGCUGACAUUUUGGAGGUGAAUGACAGACGGCGAUCCUUUGGGCCGGGUGAUGUUUUAUUUACGGUGCCAGCUGAGCUCCUGCUGCUGGAUCUGAGCUCCGGUCACAGCACAAUCUGAGUUUGGAGAGACCAAAGCGAACGGCUUGCUCCCCAGUUCACUGUGGCUGCUGCGCCGCCGCGUGAACCCACAUGACUGGACACACUGUCCUCAUCUCCCCCUUCAGUCGGACACCAUCGAACCCCGAACUGCGUUUGAGUUUGAAUCAGAUACACUAUAACGCUUUUGAAACGGCGAUGACAUCAUGCACACGCAGAUGAUUUCUACUUCCGUGAUUUAUUAUUAGGAUGAUUAUGACGCUCUUGUUUGAAUGAGAUGAUUUAUUUAUCAUUUUAAAUGCUGGUGGCUUGUUUUGGGCCUGAAGAAGCACCUGAGCUUCAGUGUGGGACUCCCACUGUCUGUGUGUAUGUGUGUGUAUGUGCAUCGUGUGUGUGUGUGUGUGAUAAAGGAAUCCUAUUAUACAGUAUAACCUCUGUUCCUAUGUUAACCACUUGUAUGCUCAUACUCUGCUUUGUUAUUUUAUAGCACAUGUAAGGCUCACGGUUAUAAAACUAUGAUACAUAUUAUGGAUAUUUUCUCAUUAAAAACAAAACCUGUAAAUG